AUGGACCAGGUUUCUUUAUCGUUCACCAACAAUGGGUCCUCCUCUCAAAUCCAGCAACAAAGACCUUCCACUGCAAACUCAUUCUCUAUAGAAUUGGUCGAAUCCUCAAUACGAAAUCUGUUAAGGAGCUGGUACAGAAGGCAGAGAUGGAAGUUUUUGUUCAACUCCACACCACCACAAGACCUUGAUAGAGCUCCAUGGAGAACCCACCUGGCCAGUUUCCUUGAAUCCACACCAGUUCAUGCAGUUUCUCUCGGUCUCCUCGUUAUUGAUCUGAUCUUCACAAUCCUUGAACUCUCCUCAUCUUUACUUGCUACCAGCUGCAGGCCAAAAGAGAGCCACUACAAUGCUACAGAAGAAAUCUGGUACCACUGGGUUGGCAUUGCUAUUCUUUCUCUGCUUUCUGCCAAGACAAUUGCCCUUGCUGUGGGGCUUGGCACCACAUUCUUGAGGCGUCCAGGUUAUGUCAUUGAUGGGAUUGUUUUGAUCGGCGCAUUGGUGUUGGAAGUGUUUCUGGAGAAGGUAGGGGGUGGUUUGCUUGUUGUGGUGAGUUUGUGGCGAGUUGUUAGGCUAGUAGAAAGUGCGUUUGAGCUAAGUGACGAGGCCAUUGAAGCACAGAUUGAAGGGGUUGUAUAUCAGUUUGAGAUGUUGAGGGAAGAGAAUAGGAAACUGUUAAUAACCAUAGCUGAGAAAGAUCAGAUUAUCCAGAAGCUCCAGGAAGACUUAGAUCAAUGUAUUUGUCACUCUGGUCGGAAAUUUUCGACUAAUGCAUGA